AUGGGCUCAAACCAUGCAGAUAGGUAUAAUAUCUGGCUCCAGGACCUGGAGACUAUCCGGCGAGCGCAGCCAGUGGUCGAUCCCAACAGGUUCACGCAAAUCACAGUCACGGUGAGGGCGCAGCCCGCCCCGGGGCAGGCCGCAGCCCGUUCCGCCAGCCGCGGAGACACCACAGUGACGAGCGCCAGCCCGGAUCCCUCUGCGGUGGUGGUGCUGUCCGACGAUGACGAUGACCAAGGCAAUGGGCCGCCGCAGAACAUGUUCGCGUUUUACGGCCAGCAGGGCGCCGACACCACAACGGCCAUGGCGAUGGUUCGGUACCAGGACCAUCGCUUGUUCGACGCGAACAAGUACCCCUCGCGCCAGAACGGACUUGGUUUCGACAUGGCCCAGCUGAGGCGCGACACGGGCUGGGCAAACAACGUGAACUCGUUGCAGGACGUCCAGCCGGCCUGGGACCGUGCGAUGUUCAUGUCAGAAGCGCCACUGGGGUUUGACGAGGCGGUCAGUAGGAACUGGACCAGGGACAGUUUCCAGAGCUCACUUCUCCGCGGCUUUCCCAUGGUCAGAGAUGUGCUUUUCUAUCGCCCCGGAAACUACGAUGGCGCGCGGUCUGCCUGCUUCUUCAAAGCCCUGUCGUAUUGUGUAUAUGGCGACCAUACGUUCUACCAGCGGGUGCAGGCCGAACAUCUGUACCACUACAGUGAAAUUCUGGAUUGGAAUGACCAUCCGCGGCAUCGGCUGUACAAGAGGAUGAACCAAAAGUACUACGAUACAAUAAUAUCGGCGGGCCAGAGAGAAGUGGCAACAGUGGCGAACUUCUUCCAGCUCCUCUCGAUCCCUAACAUCUGGAUGCCGCUGGACAUGCUCGACGUUACCGCGGACCUGUACAACCUCUUCAUCGUGGUGUAUACAAUCAGGGACACCAGGUCUGCUAGCAGCGGUAGUAGGCUGUCUAGGCCCGAGGUGACUGAGGUCAGCACCAAGGGUUCUUACAACGCAAGACACAUUUUCCUGCUAUUCGACGGCUUCCACUAUCAGCCGAUGGUGCCUAAUGAGUUCUUGGCCUCCGAGUUCACAUUCCCAAGGGUCACGUACGAAAAUACUAUUGGGCUUCCGUCGUCGAGCGUUGCAGAUCAAGGCAAGGCUUCAGUGGAUCUUAGAUGGAGGAAUACAUGGGGUCCAGGAUUGAACAGGAGGAAGGGCCAUCUUCCAGUAGAUCAUGUUUUUUACACACAGUCGCUCAGGAUCGUGAUGACGGGCACGUAUCCGAGCCAAUAA